CUUUUAAACGUAAACCGCGACGUCGGCGCCAGCAACGCGCCCGCAGUCCGAGACGGUCACCCGGUACGACGCCUGGGCCGCGCUCGUCGAACACAUAAGGCUGGCACGCAUCGGCCACGCAUCGAUUCGGAACGCCUGCGGCCAGCCGAGAACGCGCGCGGGCGGUAACAGAGAUGGCGCCGGCGGCAGACGACGAGGACGCACGGCUCUUCCAGGUCUGGCGCGGCUCGCUGGCCGUCUCGACGAACAUCCUGGCGAAGCUCGGCAGCCACGCGCUCGACCCGGCCUCCGCCGGCGAGGCCGCCGGCGCCGUGACGGGAUUGCUGCGGGGCGCGGCGGCGGCGGCCGCGGACCUCGAGGCGCGCCAGCGGGCGGCGCGCCGCGAGCUGGCCGCGGCGCUGGCCGUCGUCGCGGAGCUGCGCGCGCUGGCGGAGGGCCAGCGCGCGGCGCUCGCGGCGACCGACGACGCGACGCCGACGGCGUCGCGCGCCGUCGAGGCCGCGCUCGAGACGGACGCGGAGCGGGCCCUGCGCGCGCGCUGCGCCGCGCUGGGGGACGAGGCGGUCGCGGCGCGCGAGGCCGCGCGCAUCUCGAAGGUCGUCGGCGAGACGCUCGAGCGCCGCGCGACCCGGGCCGAGGCCGCGGCCGAGGCCGCGCAGCGCCUCGCGGAGCAGGAGCGGGCGCGACGGCGGAGCCUGGAGCGCGUCGUCGACCAUCUGGAGGCCCUGGUCGCCGCCGCCGACGCGGAGCCCGGCGAGGACGAGGACGCUUCGUACGACGGAGACGACGGGGUGGGGGACUAG